CUCAGAGAAAGUGAAUCAGAGAGUUUGCAAAAACGAGUAAACGUAUUUAAUUUUCACAACCUCCAAGCCAAACCCAACCUCCCAUUCUUUACUUUCUUCCUCUGCCAUCUACAUUCACUCCAAACCCUAGAAAAACAUUGACCUAUUUUGUAAAUGGGAUCACUUCACAAACCCUAGACUCACAUUCACAAGACCUAACAAACCCCAGAUUCAGCUCCGACCCACUUCAGCAAUGGCCACGAAUUUCUUGCUCAGGUACUUCAUAACUCUAGCUUUAUUCAUUUACCACUUCAAAAUCUUAUAUGCAGACCAAAGUUCCUCUUUUUCCUUCAAAACUUUUGUUAAAGAUCCGAACCUUGAUUCCAACAUUGCUUUAUAUGGGGAUGCCAAGGUUGUUAAUGAUGAGUUUUCAGUUCAACUUACUAACUCUGUUAGUUCAAGUGCUGGGCGCGUCAUGUAUAAGAAGCCCAUCAAGCUUGUUGUUGAAGGUAAGCCUAGGAAUUUAGCUUCCUUUUCAACAAAUUUCUCCUUUUCAAUGUUAAAGGAAAGUGGUGAUGGUUUGGCUUUUGUUAUGGCUCCAAGCGUUUUAAAUUUUAAUGGGUUUGGUAAUAGUUCAUUUGGGCUCUCUCAAGUAUUGGAGAAAGAUAUAUUUAGAGUUGUUGCCGUUGAAUUUGAUACUUUAAGAGAUGCUAAGUAUGGCGAUUUGAAUGACAAUCAUGUGGGGAUUGAUGUGGGUAGUCUUUCAUCAGUUAAAGUUAGCAAUGUCUCAUCUCACAAUAUGUGGUUGAAUAGUGGUAAGAAAUUUACUUCUUGGAUAGAUUAUGAAGCCAGUUCGAAGAGAUUAGAGGUUAGGUUGAGUCAUUUUGGUGAUAGCAAGCCGGUUGAUCCACUGCUCUCAUACCCAAUCGACUUAUCAAAAGUGUGGAAUAAUGAGGAAGUUUUCGUGGGCUUAAGUUCUUCAAAUGGGAAUUCUACACAGAUAUGUUCUGUAUACUCAUGGAGCUUUAAUCUAAGGCGAGUUCCACAUUGGAUGCAUUCACAGCCAUUAGAUCCUGAAACUGUUGUUAAGAAUACGAAAACACCCCUGCCUGCCCCCAAGCGGAGUGAUUGCUUACUAAGAGUACUUGCUGCUCUGAUUCUUGGUGCUGCUUGUGGAGCUCUGGGAGCAUCUAUUGUGUUGUAUUUGUGGACCAUCUUCGCAAAUAGGCGUCCAGUUGUGCCUGUGACUCCUGAGGAGUGCGCCAUGCACAAUGUGGAUUUCGAGUACAAGAAGGUCAAAGCGACGGUAGAUAAAGCUAUCGAAGAUGGCAAAAAAGUAGACUCUUAGAUGGAUCCUGUUGCAAGUUAUGUGAUGUAAAUUCAUCUUCUUUUUUGUAUUUGUAGUUGCAGGUUUUGUUGUGUGGUUGUAACUGAUGGUCAAUUGUGAAAAAUGUAGUUUUGUGUUACAUAUUGUCUGAUGAUGGAAGAACUAAUGGAGUUUUAACUUUCAAUUGAGAAUAGCCAGUUCAUUUGCUUGA